GUGUCCGUGCUCGGCUCCACGGGCUCCAUCGGCACGCAGACGCUGGAUUUCGCGCGCGCGCGGCCGGAUCGGUUCUCCGUCGUCGCGCUGUGCGCCGGGUCCAACUACGCGCUGCUCGCGGAGCAGGUCGCCGAGUUCAAGGACCAGGUCAAGGUCGUGGGCAUCUCCGACGCGUCGAAGCUGGGGCUCCUGAAGGAGGCGCUCGCGGCGAACGGCGCGACGGACGGCUCGAGCUUCGAGGUCGUCGGCGGCGACGACGCGGCGACGGCGUGCGCGACGGCGCGCGAGGCGGACGUCGUCGUGACGGGCGUCGUCGGCUGCGCGGGGCUCGUGCCGACGGUCGCGGCCAUCGAGGCGGGCAAGGACAUCGCGCUCGCGAACAAGGAGACGCUCAUCGCGGGCGGCCCCGCGAUCCUGCCCCUGCUGGAGAAGCACGGCGUCGCCAUGACGCCGGCGGACAGCGAGCAUUCAGCCAUCUUCCAGGCGCUCCAGGGCGUGCCGCCGGGGGCCAUGCGCAAGGUCAUCCUCACGGCGUCCGGCGGCGCGUUCCGCGACUUCGACGCCGAGGAGCUCAUGCGCAAGUGCCUCGAGGAGCCCGAGUGGGUGCGCGCCAAGGCGACGACGCACCCGAACUGGGACAUGGGCGCGAAGAUCACCGUGGACUCGGCGACGAUGAUGAACAAGGGCCUCGAGGUCAUCGAGGCGCACUACUUGUUCGGCGCGGACUACGACGACAUCGACGUCGUCGUGCACCCGCAGUCCAUCGUCCACAGCGCCAUCGAGACCCAGGACAACUCCGUGAUUGCGCAAUUGGGCUGGCCCGACAUGCGCCUGCCCCUCCUCUACAGCGUCGCGUGGCCGCACCGCGUCCGCAUGCCCCAGGACCAGUGGGAGCCGCGCUUCGACCUCGUCAAGCUCGGCUCCAUGACCUUCAAGGGCCCGGACAACGACAAGUACCCCUGCAUCGGCCUCGCCUACGCCGCGGGCCGCGUCGGCGGCACGAUGACGGGCGCGCUCAACGCCGCGAACGAGCAGGCGAACGAGAUGUUCCGCGAGGGCGCCUUCGACUACCUCGACAUCCCCAAGGCCAUCGAGGCGGCCAUGGAGAACCACAAGAGCGACUUCAUCGCCAAGCCCUCGCUCCAGGACAUCAUCGACGUCGACCUCUGGGCCCGGCAG